AUGCCUUGGCCGCUUUUUAUCGUUCCAAGAGUCUGUCCGCAAGGUGCAGGUUCCAGGAUCGGCUCAACACCUUCGGCAUCCGACACGCCGGCCAUGUCGCUUCGCGAGAUAGAGGGCACCUGCGCAGAUGCAGAGUCCGAGUCGUCAGAAGAGUUCGACGUCGCCAACAUUGAUCUGGCUGCCUCCUUCCGCCCCGAAGGCGUAUAUCACCUCACGGAGACGCUGACGGCAGUGACAUCAGGGAAGCUAUCAAGCAAGAAGCAUCGUCUCACUCCAAACAUCAAGGCGUUAAUCGUGACAGCGGUCCUUUUCACAACCAUCACCUUGGCGCAGGUGGCUGCAGCACGAAUCGCCAAUUCGCAGGCACUGCUGAUGGACUGUAUUUCGAUGGGCGUGGAUGCAUUGACUUACAUGGGCAACAUCUGGGUAGAGUGCCGGAAGCAAGACGGUGCUCCCCACGAGGGCUCGCAGGUCAUUGUUUGUCUGAUCUCCUUGAGUUGUUUGGUCUAUUUCACCUGGAGCGCCUCCCAGGAAAGCUUGCAAACCAUUGCUGAAUGCAGAGGCCUUACAGCCAUGGACCUGCCAGAUAAUGACGUCAAUGGCAGCAUUACUCUGGCCUUCGGCGCCGGGGGAGUCGUGUUUGACAUCCUUUCCCUUUGGGCCUUUUGCCACAGCCGCCGAAAAGAGGGCCAUGCCGUGAAUAUGUUCACUGCUCUUUUGCACGUGGGCGCCGAUUUCCUGCGCUCCGUGUCAACGGUAGUUAUGUCCCUCCUGAUUCUGGUGGGGCACUUUGAGUCCACAUGCCUGGACGCUUACACCAGCAUAGUGAUUGGUGUCUCCAUUGUUUGUGGUGCCUUCUUCGGCUUUGUCAGCUUGGCAAAGUUGGUUAUUCGGUGGGGUCGAAGGAUCGCCGCUCGAAGAGCUGAAGAUCAGGUUGGGUUCACUCCCAAGGUAGCGUCCUGA